UUUCUUGGAAAAUGAAACUGUCAGUUUGAGGAAGAGAAAAUGGCUCUCAAUAAGGAUUUAUUCGACUGCUCCAUUUGUUUACAGUUAUUUGAAGAUCCUGUGACGAUUGCCUGUGGACAUAGUUACUGUAUGAGAUGUAUUAAUAACUUCUGGGAUGUAAAUAGUAAGGGGCAGAACACUUUCAGCUGUCCUCAGUGCAGGCAGAUUUUCUCCCCUAGGCCUUGUCUGAAGAGGAACACACUUCUUGCUGACCUUUUGGAGGAACACAAGAGAACACCCUCCCCAAGUGACACCUGUGAUGGACCUGAGGACGUACAAUGUGAUGUUUGUACAGUGAACAAACAAAAAGCUUCUAAGUUCUGUCUCAACUGUUUGGCCUCUUACUGUGAGACUCAUCUGAAGCCACACUUUGAGGUCCCGCCUCUCAAAAAGCACAAGCUGGUUCAGGCCUCUACACGGAUCAAGGAGAGCAUCUGUGGUCAUCAUGACAAGCUUCUGGAGAUUUACUGCCGCACUGAUCAGCAGUUCAUAUGCCUUGUGUGUGCCGUGGAGGAACACAAAAACCAUGAAACUGUGGCUGUUGCAGCAGAAAAAUGUGAAAUGCAGAGACAACUGGAGAUGAUUAAACAGGAAGUUACAGACAGACUGUUGGAUUCAGAGAAGAAAAUGAUGGAGCUGAGAGAGGCUGCAGACUCUAUAAAAGAAACUGCAGGGGAGGUGUGUGAUGAAUUUGAGCGGCUGUGCCAGGAAAACAUCAGUUUAUAUGUCCGCUCUGUGGAGAAGAAAUGCUCAGACAUCACAGUGAAACUUAAAAAAACAGAGACCGCUGGACUGGAGUGGACCAAACGUCACAUUGAGCAGCUGAAGCAGGAAGUGUGUGAACUGAGGACGAGGGAGGAAAAACUCAACCAACUUUUGCAAACAGAUGAUUCCAUCCAGUUUCUGCAGGGUUUCUGGGCUCUUGGUGACCUUCCUGUAUUUACAGAUUUACAUUCAAGACUCGACACACUGACAGAGUUCAUCACAGAUCAGAAAUGUAAAUUGAAAAACAUGUACAAAAAAGAAAAGGAUGAAUUUCUCAGUCCUCUUGGGAGACAUAUGUUAUCAAGUACACCCAGGAAUCCAAAUGUAGUUACCCUGAGAACAUACCUUCGGAGCAAGUUUAAAAACUUCAAACUGGAAGUAGACCCCAACACAGUCACUACAUGCCUUUGCUUGUCUGAUGGAAAUAGAAGCAUCUCAUGGGGGGGCAGUGACCAGGCUCAUCCAGAUCACCCAGACAGGUUCACCUUCUAUCACCAAGCUCUGUGCAAACAGGGUCUGACUGGCGACGCAUACUGGGAGGUGGAGUGGGAUGGAGGUGUUGUAGAGGUGGCUGUUUCUUACAAAAGCAUUGAAAGAAAAGGUUCUGGGAAAAAUUCUUGCUUUGGCCACAAUUGUCAGUCCUGGAAAAUACUGUGCUCACCAACUGGCUGCAAGUUCUGGCACAAUAAUCUUCACAAAACCCAAAUUCCUCCUGUUCAGACCUGCAAAUUAGGAGUGCACCUUGAAUAUCAAGCAGGAGUGCUGUGUUUCUAUGGUAUUUCUGUUUCUGAUGAGUUAAUGCUCCUGCACAAAACAAAAACAACGUUCACUCAACCUCUUUAUCCUGGGUUCUGUGUUGAUUUCGGUUCAACACUGAAAAUAUGCGACAUGAGAGACAAGCCACAGCAGUAAAUAUAAGCAAUACAUAUUUUUUCUACAUAUUAUGUACAACUGGUAAUAAUAAAUGGCUAACAAUUUGAGGAUAAAUCGCUGCAUAAUGGAAAUAAAGGAAAAAAGUUUGUGAAAUGUCUUU